ACAUGACCCUCUCAUGCACCACGUGAUACUACAAACUGUUUCCGGCUUGUCGUCAAAAUAAGAUACUUGAUUAUUGGCAAAUUGGCAAUUUUUUUACAUAGUUAUUUAGUAAACAAGGUAACGUAUUAUCUUAUUUCUUUUAAUCAACAAAAUAAAGUUAAUUUAUUCUAUACUAUGUAGAAUUAUCAAUAAUCUAAAAAUAUUAUUCAUUUUUUCCAAAAUUAUUCAAUCUAACAAGUAAUAUACGACAUAUAAUAACAAACUACAGGUUACAUAGUAAUAAUUAUGAUAUAAUAUAAAAAAUUGUAACGAAACAAUUUUAAUAAAUUAACGUAGAAAGAUUUAUUUUCAAUUUUUUUGAAAAAUUAUUCAAAAGAAUAUUAUGUUUAUAUAAAUAUCUAAUCAAUUAAUUUUAAUAAGUAAAACUAUUAUAAAUAAUAUUAUUAUUAAUUAAAGACAAUUUUUCAGACAAUCGAGAGAAAAACUAGACUGGAAAUAUGUCAAUUAUAAAACAAGGAUACUUAGAUAAGUACUCUAAGGGUUUAGUAAAGAACGAAUGGAAAAAAGUAUAUCUAAAAUUGUAUUCGGACUCUUCUUUAUUUUGGUACAAAAAUAAAGAUUCGCCAACAUCUGCUGGAAAUGUAAAAUUAUCGGAGGUAGCAACAUUUAUUGCCGUUGGACAGCAUUGUUCAGCCAUACCGUUUAAUCCUGAAAUACCUGCGGGUAAAAGUAUUAAUCAGAUGAUUGCAAUUCCAUUGGAACCUAAGAAGAAAUCUAAAAUAUUCUUCUUUCUUGCUGAUGAUCAAAAAUUAUUUGAUGAAUGGUGGAAUACCAUAGUAUCAACACUUCCUCCACCUCCACAAUCAAAUCAGGGGACUAGUGCACCAGCGAGUUCUAUUGCAUCUGCACCUCCUCCGUAUAAUCCUAAUGCAGGUGGAAAAGCCCCGUAUCAGCCUGCUCCAAGUUCUAUGCCUCAACCCGCUCCGAUAGGAUUUAAUGUCAAUCUUGGAGGAGCAGCACCUCCUCCACCUGCCCCUGCUGCCCCAGCUCCGGCUUCAGGUAGCGCAGCGCCAGCGACUGGAUCAUACCCAAGACAAACUACAAACUAUCCUAGACAAGCCCCUCCCCAACAAGGAUAUUAUCCUCCAGGAAGUUAUCCACAGCAGCAACCGUAUAAUCCAUAUCCUCAGCAACCCUACUAUCCUCCUGGUCCACCACAAGGGCAAUAUUAUCAGCAACCAGGGUAUAGCUAUCCUCAGCAGCCACAUCAUCAUCGACCAAGCCAUCAAACAACCAAUGUCGUAUACGUUCAGCAGCCAGUUGCUCCUGUACAUCACCGAGGAUACGGUGGUGGAGGUUAUGGAUCCGGUAUGGGAAUUGCUGGUGGAGCCGCAUUAGGAUUUAUGGCUGGAAGUAUGAUGGGAAGCCCUUUCGGAUGGGGUGGUGGCUUUGGCUUCGGUGGAAGUUGGUCGUCCGGAAGUUGGAGUUUUGGUUCUUUCGGAUGCGAUUAAUGUAUACUUUAAAAUGACAACAUUUCCUUUCCAAGUUUAAUGAUGGAUAACCGUAAAAUUAGUCUAUUUCGACUGAGAUUAACUCCUUCAAACCGUGACGCUUUCCUUAAUAAUUUGGCAAACGAUAUCUAUACACAAUAUAAUGUUGUCCGUAGUGAAAACGUUUUCAUUCAGUAAAAAAUAGUUGCAAAUGAUUAAAGAAAAAAAUCGUAGUUAGUCUCUCCCUUUAACAUGACAAGACAAAGAGUGCAGAUCUAAAGGAAAAAAAUGCAUCUGAAAACUUUUCACUUGAUAUUAAAUGCAUUUUUCUUGCAAAAAAAGAAUUUCUAAAAUACUUAAAAAUACUUAAAAACAAAGAUUAGAUCUGAUCUAUUUUUUUUUCUUAUAAUUAUUCAGCAUAAUCGGUUUGUAUUCACAUCGUUAGUUGCAUGUAAUUUUUAUAGAAUAAAUGAGUGUUGUCCUACUUUUGAAAAAAUGUAUACAUUACCAAGUUCAUUUUUUGAUAUCACUUCAAUACAGUCAAAAAUAUCAUGCACGGUUCUGCCUUUUAUAAAUAUCUUAUCUUAUCUCUGUUUAAGGAAACUUCUUAAUGUUUAACAUUAUUCCUA